GGCACGACGCCGCACGUCGCCGCCCAACAAACAUCAAGCACAAGCGUUAUUUGCGCCCAGCUUUUUGCAGGACGUGCGCUUUCACAAGAGCGUGCAGCUACGAAUUGAAUGCAUCCUGAAUGGCCGUACAUUCUGUCGAUGCGUUCGACAGUGAAUGUGUGCGGACGGUGGCUGGAGUCCCCCUCACAGCGUCAGAUGCGAGUCGUCGGCGGCUUCGUUUUCCCAACUAAACGCUGAGCUGCCAGUGUUUUUUGACACGUCCAUCGGCUCAGCGCUGGAGACUGUGAAGGACAUUCAGCUGAAUGAAGGUCUCAUUUUUAUUCAUCCAAUUAUCUUAAAUGAUUUUUUUCUACAGAGAGGACUACACCAAUUCCUAGAACGAUGAAAGGUGGAGGAAAACCGAAACCUAAAACCGCACAAAGAAAGAAAAAAUCCUCAAAAACUCUUUCAUCUCUGAGCACUGAGGUUUCAGAUGUUGUGCCAUGCAAUGACAUUGCAGCCGUGAGUCAGACCACCCCAAGUUCCUUACCAAGUACUCCAACAAGAUGGAAACAAGAAGCCCAGCUGACAUCCACACCCAAACACGGCUCAUCCACAGCCGCAGCCUCACCUUGUGGAGCAAAACAGGCAGGGGUCGAAUACAUUGAACCCAUUAGUCAGAUCAAGGAGUCGGAGUCAAAAUGCUGCCAAUCAAAAUCACAAGGGAAACGUAAAAGGGCUCAUAAUCCUCAGCCGAGACAACUUAGAACGCGAGCGAUGAAGGAGCAGGUGGACGUCUGCAGUGAAACCAACAAUCCACCAGUCAAACCCCGGCGUGGCAGGAGGCGGAAGGUCGACACAGCCAGUUUACAGAGGGAUCCCGGCAUUCAGUCAUCUAAGCGUUCUAGGCCCAAGUUUGAGCUGAAAGAGCAAGAUGACUCUUGGCUGUCCUCAGACCUAUCAAUAGAGCUGAGCCACUGUGAGGAACCAUUGCCAAUUAUGUCCUUUAAGGAAGAUGAGGACAGUGAGCAUGACGAUGACGAUGAUGAGUUACCCAGUUUCUCAAUGCAGAUGGACAAAGAGGCCCUGUGCAUAGCAGACGGUCAUUUUGUGUGGUAUAAAUGUAGGAAUUACCCAUUUUGGCCUGCACUGGUAAAAAAGGUGAACCAUAAGCUGAAAAAAGCCAGUAUCAUUUUCAUAGAUGACCCAAUGAUAAACAAAAAAGGGCAUCGUGUGACUCUAAAAAUUCUGAAGCCUUUUGACUGUGAAGAACAUGAUGAGCUGGUGUGUAAAGCCAAAGAACGUUAUCAUGCUGCAAUUAACUGGUCCUUGGAGCUUAUAAAUGACUACAGAAUACGGAUUGCAUGUGGCUCAUUUUCUGGCUCCUUCAUCGAGUACUUUGCUCAUGACAUGAGUUAUCCAGUGAGGAGGACAUACCCAAAAGCAGCCUCAGAACAACUUAGUAUUGCCAGUGACACAGUGUUCGAGGAGCUGUCUGACGAUCAUACAGAGGAUAGCUUCAAUGAGCAGCAGACGGGGGCCAGUAGUUUGAAGAGGCUCCUGCCAGACCGGACACAGGCGGCCCACAACCGCGCUAAUGAGAGGCUUGUACACUUCAUUGUCAAACAGCGCAUGGUGGACGACCACCUUUUGGCUGUGAUCCGUGGGCAGCAGCAGUCCAGAUGGCUCCGGUCCUUUCUGAGUGCCAAACGGAGACGGGAAGUGAACAUAUACCUGGAAGAUGACCAUCAGUUGGACCAGGUCUACUGGUACCUAAGUGAGCUUUACACCAAUGCUAUUGCCACUGCCACUGGUCUAGCUGUGGAUAAGUCAGUGGAUAGUGUCCCAUUUGUUCUGGACGUGCUUCUUCCUGAGGCUAUCACAUAUGCCAUAGCUGGGGUGGACAAUGUCUCUAUAGAGAAGGCAGAGGAAAAAUACCUAAGAGGGCGUUGUUUAAGUAACAGAGAAAAAGAAGAGAUUGACUUGAUGAUAGAUCGCCUUAUAAUAAAUAAAUCGAAGCAUAUCACAGCAUAAAUUGCCAAAAGUUGCAUUUUAUUUUUUUAUCUUUUGUUUGUAUUUUUUUAGCCAUAUCUGUGUGCCUUUUGAAUAUAUAAAUAUGAUUUAUUGUCUCCUAUUUAAACAGCAUUGCCCAUGUAAAUACCGAAUAACGAGCCCAUAAUAAAUCAUUAAUCACUU